UUAUUUAUAGUAUUGUUUUAAUUUAGUUAUAGGUUAUUGUUUGAAAAAUGUCAUUUUUUGACGAUGUUGAACGAUAUUUUAAUACACGGUGCUUAUACACAGCUAUUGAAGUUCAAGUAAAUGCUGAUAAUGCAGAAUUAAAAAAAGCUUACCAUAAACUCUCAUUAAGAUAUCAUCCAGAUAGAUCUUCAGUGCAAGACAAAGAUAUUAACAAGUGCAAAUUUCAAACACUAUCAAAAAUACAUUCUAUUCUUUCUAAUAAGGAAUCUAGAGCAGUUUAUGAUGAAACAGGAGAACUUAUUGAUGAUGACAGUCUACAAAAUAAAGACUGUGAUUGGGACUCUUACUGGAGACAACUUUUUAAAAAGAUUACAAAAAAAGAUAUAGAAAAAUUUGAAGAAGAAUUCAAAGGGAGUGAAAAAGAAGCAGAAGAAAUAAAGGCAUAUUACAUUCGUUUUGAAGGGGAUAUGGAUGAGAUUUUAAAUAAUGUUAUGUGCUCAACUGCUGAAGAUGAAACAAGAUUUCGAAAAAUCAUCACUAAUUUAAUAGAAAAAAAAGAAGUGCCUGAAUUUGAUAACUUCUCAAAAGAGGAUCCACAGAAAAUAAAGUUAAGAAAGAUAAGGGCCGAAAAAGAGAAAAAAGAAGCAGAACAGCAUGCAAAUGAUAUUGGUUUAAAAACAGAUGAUACCUUAGAAAAUCUGAUAUUGCAGCGUCAAGUUGAUCGAUCUAAGGAAAUGAACAAUUUUUUUAACAAUCUUGAAGCCAAGUAUGGUCAACCCAAAGCUAAAAAAUCCAAGAAACUAACUACAGAUGCACCUAUAAAAAAUGCAGCAAAUGCAACUUCUAAAAAGGUUGCUACAAAGCGGAAACGUAAAUAGAAAUUUUAAUUAAUGAAGGUUUUUUUUAAAAAAAAUAGAUGAUUUUUUUUUGUUGUUGAAAAAAAAGUUUAAUAUUUGUUUUAAA